GACAAAAGAGAACAAAAAGCCCACAAGAUCUUCGCCGAGUAUAAAACAAGGCCAUUGGAUCAUUAGGUGCACUCACAUACAACAUGCCUUGCAAACUCUGGCUGGUCCUUUCCCUGUGGCUUGUGCUGCCAACCUCUGAAGCUGGAAGGCAGAUGCCGAAACUCUCUGACAAGAAACUCUGCGCUGACUCCGAAUGCAGCCAUCCCAUCCUGAUAGCACGUGCACUGCAGGACUACUACCCUGGAGACUGCAGGUUCAUCCCAAUCAGACAGGGGCAGCUCAUUUAUGUCUAUGCAAUGCUAAAGGACAGAGGGAACCUCUUCUGGGCUGGCAGUGUACAAGACUCCUAUUACGGACAGCAGGAGGCUCGCAUUGGACACUUCCCCAGCAGCAUAGUGGAGGAGACUCAUCCUCUCAUGCCAGCCAGUACCGAAGUCAAGACUACUAAAUGGGACUUCUACUGUAACUGAUGUUGCCUUCACCGGUAAAGAAAACAACAUCUACAUUUCAAGAUAACUUGUUUUGAGUAUAAUAUGAUUUUGGAAAACAUAGAUGGCAAUAAGGUUUGCUAAUGUUGACAAUCUGCAGUUAAGAAGAUAUGAACAGCUCAUGUGAUUCUAAAAUGCUAUCAGGUUUCAUAAGGUUUCCAACCACC